UGGACACCUUCUCAUGUCCAAACUACUUCCACAGCUAUCCACAGCAUUCCGGAUGGCCCGCCUACCCCCAGCAGCCCCUGUGGUGCUGCUGCUUCUUACUUCCUGUUUCCCACGAGGCUUGACCGCUCCGCCCCAAUACCUGUGUGGCUCUCACCUGGUGGAGGCUCUGUACCUGGUGUGUGGUGACAAUGGCUUCUUCUACAGUCCCAGCAAGAGCAAAAGGGACCUGGCAGCUCUCCUGGUUCUCCUCUCCAAGUCAUCAGUCCCGGGGAGACAGAAGCAUCCGGUGAACGUGCGCAUGGAGGUGAGAAUGAAGAGAGGCAUAGUAGAACAGUGUUGCCACCAGCCAUGCAGCAUCUACCACCUGCAGGACUACUGCAACUGACACGCCGCACAUGACCGAUGCGUCGGUUCUGUCAGAGCCACUGAGGCUACACCAAAGACUGGCAGCUAAACUGCUCAAUUCAACUCUGGAUCACUGGUUUCACACCUACCCACCACCGCAACACAUCUUUGUUUGUCUCAGAUACAGGACUGACUCAUCUCUGUAAUUGGUUGUGUGUUAGCAGCAAUAAAAUAUUGAUCAAUUUGCAUCUA